UACUAAUCCUACUCCCAUUCCUAUUCGGAUUCAAUUCAAAUCCUUAAACGUAUAUAUAUUUAUACACAUGAAAACUCAACUCCCAAUUCCAUAGCGAUCAGUUUGCCCCUCUGUUUUCCCCUGAAACUUCUGUUUCAUUGAAGAAUAUAUAUAUCCGCCAUUAAAUCCGGCGAGAAUGGAGAACAGAUUGCCGCAGAGGAAACAGAAAACCGUCCCUAAAACACAACGUUUGUUAGCUCCGAAGAAUCUGAAAAGAUGUUCGGAGGACGAGGAAGAGGAAGAGCAUUCGUGCACGGGAAGUUCAAGCUCCGUCACGGAUCUCCAUGAACAGAGGAAUAGCAGGUUGAUCGGAGUAGAAGAAGGGAAUAGAGAGCAUCAGAUUAUGGAACGGAAACUGGUGUCGGGUUUGAUGGGUGUGGGGAUGCAGGCGGCCAUAGAAUCCAUUGAAAAGAACGAGUUUUCGAGCUCGGUAAUGAAGAAGGCGAAGCUUCAGAGUUUCAGCCUUUUUGCAAAAGCGGUGGAGGAGAAGUCUGGGUUUGGGAAUGGGAAUAUGCAGUUUGCUUGGCUUGGAGCGUCGAAGAAGGAACUCACUUCAAUUCUUCAACACGGCUUUGAUCCUUCUAUGAACAAAGAUGGAAGCUUUGGCCAUGGAGUUUAUCUCUGUCCUGAUCAUUUCCCUCUUGGAUGUUUGAAUUCAGCCAUGGCGGAUGAAAAUGGGGUGCGGCAUGUGUUGUAUUGCAGGGUGAUUUUGGGGAAGACGGAAUUGGUUCGGCCCGGUUCGAGGCAAUGGCAUCCAACUUCUCAAGAGUUUGAUUGUGGUGUUGAUGAUUUGGUUUUUCCCAAAAAGUACAUUGUGUGGAGUACCAACAUCAACACUCACAUCUUGCCUCUCUAUAUCAUCAGCUUCACCAUCUCUACCCUUAAUGCUCACAAUUUGUUCGGGGUUCAAAGGAACUCGGUUUCCUCUCUAAAGAAACCAAAUUCUCCGAGGAUUACAUUUCCAUCUUUGGUUUCUGAACUCGCAAAAUUUUUACCUCCACAAAUCAUGCAGUCGAUCACAACAUAUGUGAAGGAUCACAGGGAAGGGAAAAUGACACGGCUUGAAAUGGUUAAGCGCUUGAGAAGACUAGCAGGAGAUGAAUUGCUAAUCAAAAUAGUGAAAGCCCAAAGGGAUAUGCAAAUUUAUACAUCAAUGGGGAACAAAACAGGAGUUAGAAGGAAUUGUUGAGUCAUGGGUCGUGAAUAGUUUUUGGAUCAUAUAUAUAUAUAUAUAUAUAUAUAUAUAUAUAUCCUAUGUUUUCUUUCCCCUGGCCUUUUAACUUCAUUAGGUUUAGCUUCAAGGUGGUUGUAAUAUAGUGCUUGUAAAUUAAAGAAAGAAAAGAUAUCAUAUAUUUGUUUUUG